UAUUGCCACCAUCACUAAACUCUCCAAUUCAAUUCAAUUCAUUUCAACUCACACUACCCUACCCAACACCACCAAUUACCACAAAGCUCUGACAAUGGCCGACACCCUCCACCACCACCACCACCGCCCUUAACAACACUCCUUCUAUCUGAUCCCAACCCAACCCAUCCCUGUAUGCGUUCCUUCCACCUGCCGUCACAUCGGAGGCGAUAUCUUCCCAUGUCUCUCCCUACCAAUGUCGCCCAUUUCUCCUCCGCCAAGCUUCUCCGGUUGGAAUCCCCGGCUCUCCUCUUCCGCCGCCUCCUCCUCUUUGCCACUGUUUUGCUCGGUUGCUUCUUCCUCUUCAGAAGUUUCGACUCUCUCCGCUUCCUCCCGCAGUUCUCCUCAUCUCUUUCUUUUUCUGUCUUUCCCUCCGCCAUAUCCGAUAACUCUCUUGCUGCUGAGGAAUAUACGCUCGAGAAGGUUUUGAAGGCUGCUUCUAUGAAAGACAAUACUGUUAUUUUAACAACAUUAAAUGAAGCUUGGGCUGCCCCAAACUCUACUAUCGAUCUAUUUCUUGAGAGUUUCAGGAUUGGAAAUGGCACCCUUAAGCUGUUGAACCAUUUGGUGAUUAUAGCUUUGGAUCGAAAGGCGUUUGCACGUUGUUUGGAACUCCAUAAAUAUUGCUUUUCUCUUGUAAGUGAAGGAUUUGAUUUUCAUCAGGAGGCAUAUUUUAUGACUCCAGAUUACUUGAACAUGAUGUGGAGAAGAAUUGAUUUCCUUCGCUCUGUUCUAGAGUUGGGAUACAACUUUGUUUUCACGGAUGCAGAUAUCAUGUGGUUCAGGAAUCCAUUUCCUCAUUUUUAUUUGCAUGGAGAUUUCCAGAUUGCAUGCGAUCAUUUCUUUGGAAGCGGUUUUAAUCUACACAACAGGCCGAAUGGAGGGUUUACGUAUGUAAAGGCCAAUAAUAGGACAAAAGAAUUCUACAAGUUUUGGUACACUUCACGGGAAACUUAUCCGGGAUACCAUGAUCAGGAUGUCUUCAACAUAAUAAAGUUUGAUCCUUUCAUCUUUAAUCUUGGACUGAAGAUGAGAUUUUUGGAUACAGCUUACUUUGGUGGGCUUUGUGAACCCAGCAAAGAUUUGAAUCAAGUUUGUACAAUGCAUGCAAAUUGCUGCUUGGGUUUGGAAAGCAAGCUUCAUGACCUCAGAAUUAUGCUUGAAGAUUGGAAACUAUUUGUUUCUUUACCGCCAAGUUGGAAGAAGUCCCCUUUCGUAACCUGGAGGGCUCCAGAAAAAUGCAGCAUUGAGGCUCUUCGUCAUGUUGGUUCUCCAAUGAGCGAUUGACAUGACUUUCUACUAUUGCUAGAGACUAAUCUAUGUAUGAUCUGAAGAUUUUCCAAUACAGCUAUGGGGAGCAUUCCAGUUUUAAAUCCUCCCCAAUGGUUGAGAUUUUUCAUUGCCAAAUUCCCCUGUGUGGGAAAAAGGAGUCUUUUAAAGAGAAAAGCACCAAAGGUUUCUUUGUGGCCUUUUCUAAAUGCUCAGAUGGCUUUUGGUCAAUCCAGUGAAUCAAGGUAAAUUUUUCAUUCAGAAAUCUUUGGCAGGAAAUUGUUUGAUGUCCCACUUUUGUAAAGUCCUCCUCGAUUGCUCCAGAAAGAAGCAUUUGUACUUAGAAACAUUGUGGAAAACUUAAUUAGCUAUGUAAAAAAUAAAUCAAUUAGCACAUUCACUCCUUGAAUUUGCAAUAUUAUUAGGAGAAAAACCAUAUCACGAGUGGAAGUGCACCUCAAGAACAACAAUAUUUUCAAGUGGUUGGGCAAUAUUUUCUACAUCAAUAAGAUGAGAAUUAUUUUAUAAUA